UUGAACUAAAAACAGAAAGAAAAGUUUUAAAAAAGAUUUUGGAAAUUAGUAAGAAAAAGUGGAGAGGGGAAGAAAUUGAUGAAGAGAGUAAGAAUUUUAUAGAAUUAUAUAAAGAUGUUAAAUAUAUUAAAAGAUUGAUAAUUUAA